AUCACUACACUCGGGUUAAACAUCAACAAUAUGGCAGCUGUGAAAAGGGCAAUUGUGUUUGGAACAGUAAUUCGCUAUACUGACCGUGAACUAGGUGUAUGAAGGACUUAAGAGGCCGAGUGUUUAAUCAUGGCAAAUGAAAAUGUAGUCAUCCCUGUUCUUGAUGAGGAUGGAGACGAUACUGAUAUGGAAGAAAUGUUGGAGUUGCUGGACGACAGAGCUAACCCAGAGAAACCAACCUUAGAAGAACAGCUUGCCAACUUCAGACAAGAAUGGCAACUAGAGUUGGUGAAUGUACCCAAAGAUCAAGGUGAUAGCCGUGGCAGUCCAGCUCUACGAGGUAGUCCUGCGUUACGUGGCAGUCCAGCCCCCGCUGGCAAUCCAGUCCUGCAGGGAAGUCCUUCCCCACAGCCAGGACAAAGGUCAUCAUCCCCUUCGAUGAGGGGAUCAGAGAAGAAGAAAAAUUCAGCUAGAUCUUCUCCCUCUGUGGUUGGGACAGAACAGCAGAGGAAUGAUGAAACAGGUCCUGGUUCCAUAAAGGGAAGCGAGGAAGCCUUGAGGAGUAGCAACAAGAGUUCAUUAGGAGAGCCUAAGAAUGAGAGUGAUGUAGAGGUUUCAUCUCUCUUGACUGAAUCGGUAGAAGAAAAGGCCAAGUAUUUGUUCAAGCAAGGUGUGAAACAUGAAAGGAAUGGCAGAAUGUAUGAAGCGGUCAUGUUUUACAAGCAAGCAAUGCAGCUUGUACCAGAUGUGGAAAGCCGUGUGCAAGAGAGCGAGGGAAACAGCAACAGUGGUAGCAACCAGGUCUCAGACGAUGAAGAAAAUAACAACAAUGAGGUUCAAGAGAUGAUCCUUGAUGACCCUGAUGAUAUAGAGACUCUGUCAAUCCAGCUUCAACUGAUGACCACCAAUGAUCUUAGAUCUUCAUGCUAUAACAAGACACCUCAGACUGCAACCCACAUCUCUUCGCUGCCCAUUGAGGUUCUGCUCUACAUCUUCCGUUGGGUUGUGACUUCCAGCCUUGACCUGCGAUCUCUGGAGCAACUUUCCAAGGUGUGUCGAGGUUUCUAUGUCUGCUCUAGGGAUAGUGAGAUAUGGAGGAAGGCAUGUGUGAGAAUGUGGGGGAAGAAGUCGUAUCUGAUGAAGGAGUAUGUCUCGUGGCGUGACAUGUUCAUCCAUCGUGCCCAUCCCCACUUCAAUGGUGUUUACAUCAGUCGAGUCACCUACAUCAGACAGGGGGAACCCAGCAUGGAUGCGUUCUAUAAACCAUGGCAUCUGGUGGAAUACCAUCGAUUUCUCAGGGUCUUUCCUGAUGGUACCAUCAUGAUGGUAAGCUCAUCGGAAGAUCCUCAAAGUGUAGUGAGUAAGAUGCAUAAGAACUAUCCCAUGUCUGGUCGGAUGAUAGGACAGUACUUCAUUGAUGGAAACAUAUUGUCAGCUGUCCUUGAGAAGGAGAAGGUCAAGGAGAUUGAUACGGGCCGUCGUUACAUGCGACACCGGAACGCACAGCAGAACCUACCCGAUUCAGAGCAGACUUUUGAGUUGGAGCUGAAUAUUACUAGCUAUGGUCGGAGGCCAAACAUGAAGUUAGAAUGGAAGCGGUAUGCUUGUCGCACUCUAUACAGGUCAACUGGGAAUGAGAACACCACAGAGUUUGACAUGACUCACCAGUUCUAUCCGUUCUACUUCUCCCGUGUGAAGAGCUAUGCAAAGACUGCUGAAACCCUCCUCUAGACUAGCUCCCCUUCGUGUAUCAGGUGACCACUGAGUCAGGUGAUCAGUCACAUGUUGCAGUCACAUCACAUUAUGUGACUAUACAGAGCUCAUAUGUUCCUAUUACCUUGUCAAUGCUUUUUGUACUAGUGUUUUGUCAAAUGUUUUGUACUGUGAAGUUAUUCAGGAAAUGGAAUCUGUAUAAUUCUCUUUACUAA